UCACUGCGCAACCUUUUAGCUAGAAGCAGGUAGGAGAGUGUUGGAUAUGGUCGGAUUUGUCACCGCUUUCGUUGAAAAUAAUCAGUUUCACCUGUCGUGCCAAUAACUUCUGUAUUACGAAAGGUUAUUUUCAUCAGGAACCUUUCUAUAAAUUGUGUGCAAGAAGAUUUGUGCCCUACGUCGUUCAUUUGUAAACACGUCGUUGCUAUAUGAUUAGCUGGAGCUGAACAUGGGAGACUAUUACGAUAUCCUAGGCGUUACAACGGAUGCCACAGAACAAGAUAUAAAAAAAGCUUAUCGAAAACUCGCCCUGAAAUGGCAUCCGGACAAAAAUCCUGACGACAAAGAAAAUGCAUCAAAGAUGUUCCAAGAUAUAUCCGAAGCCUAUGAAAUUUUAUCAGACGGUGAAAAAAGAGCAAUUUAUGACAAAUAUGGUAAAGAUGGUUUGAAAGGCCAUGCAUCAGGUGGAAAUGUUCCAGGUGGAUUUCAAGGAUUCCACUUUAGUAGUGCAGAAGAAAUUUUCAGGAAUUUCUUUGGUGGAGAUUUGUUCAGUAAUUUCUUUCGCGAUCCUUUUGCUGACAUGGACGAAAUGAGGAAUGGAGGUGGAAGAAGAAGAGGAAGCAGAAGUCGCUCAACACACACAAACAACAUACGUGAUUUAACUGGCGAUUUCUUUGAUGGCGACGGCGGACUUCUUGGCUUCAGAGGUGGCUUUGGAGAUGCUUUUGGAGGUGACUUUGGAUUUAGUAGCUCGUUUGGUGAAAGUUUUGGUAGCGGUUUUGGCGGCCUGACAGGAAAUGUCCGAUCUGUAAGUACUUCUACAACAGUGAAGAACGGAAAGAGAGUUGUCAAAACAAAGAUUGUCGAAAACGGGAAGGAGACCGUCGAAGAGAAAACGGACGGAGUGGUGACAUUUAAAAGCAUAAAUGGCGUCGAGCAAGACUUGCCCAGGCUUACGUCAAAAUAAUUGUCGAUGUCAUAUAGUGCUUAAUAGCUCAAGUUUGCAACUGUAAAUUAUUUUAGAAUCCUUAUUAUUAACCGGAUGUUUUGUUCUUUCGUAAAAUCUCAAUGUACCACACUAAUGCUUGUUAAUAGUUCAAUUAAUAUAUACAUUAAGAAGAAGA